AUGGCACAUCGACUACGCGAUGACUUCUCCAAGGUCGAACGUAAGGCACUUAAAGAGCUCAGAGCCGACAGUGACCUCGGUAUCGUGCCAGCGGACAAGGGGCGGUCCACUGUCGUAUUGGAGAGGACAGACUAUAUUAACAAUGCUCAAAAUUUUUUAAACGACCAUCAGUCUUAUGUCCCAUACAGAUCCGUCCCCAUAAAAAUGCUGACACGCGAGAUAAACACAACGCUGCUGGCAAUGAAGAACUCAGGUGCAACAUCGCCAAUCGACAGAAACAGGGCGAGAGCGCAAGAAACGGCCAUGGCUCACUUCUAUGGUCUCCCGAAGGUGAACAAGGAGGGCGCACCCUCCGGCCAAUCGUAUCUCUCAAAGAAACUCCAAACUACCGACUAG